AAUGUUUUAUAAUGAUACUGAUUUUUAUUAAUUUAGGGCUGGUCAUUUUUAGUGUUGGUAUUGGUUUUGAUUUUCUGGCUCUCAAUUCUUUGAUACAAAAAUGUUCUUCAUAUCUUAAAGGCCUUAUUCUAUUGAUUUCUAUUGAUUUUAGAAUGAGCAUGCCUGUUAUGGAUUCCCCCAUGGUUGAUGUGAAUAAUAACAAGGUGAAGCCAAAGAAAACUGAGAAUAUACGGUUCAAGAAGACCUUAUUCUAAUUGCGGCUUGGGAGCACACUAGUGAAGAUGCAAUUACCGGGACGGAUCAAGCAAAGGAGCAAUAUUGGAUUCGUGUUUGGCGUGAGUAUUAUGAGAAUGCAAAGUCAUAUCCUCCUCGUAGUGAUAAGUCAAUCGUGAAUCGCUUUAGUGUUAUUCGGACCAAGUGUUUGAAAUUUUCUAGUAUUGUUCAAAAUAUUGAGAACGCACAUCCUAGUGGCAUGGGAGAGAAAGACAAGCUAAAUGAAGCUUUGAAAACAUGGGCUCUAGAAGAGAAAGAAAAAAGUUUCAAACUACUUCAUUGCUACAACGUCUUGAAGAACUCACACAAAUGGAUGACCGAAGUUGUUCUACCUACAAGUAGAAGAAACAUUCCAGCAUCAACGGAAUGUUAUACAAUCGGGGAUGAUGAUAUACCAUCGGGGCAUGUGGAGCCGAAUAGGCCUAUUGGGAGGAAAACGGAGAAAGAGCAAAGGCGGAAGAAAAAGAUGAAAGUUGAAGAUAGUGAAGAGUCAACAGCUUCCGUCAAUUUCCGUCAUUCAUGAGAAAUGCUUCAAAAAAGGCAUGACCAAAGGAUGGAAGUUGUAGUUGAAGAUACAAAGAAGAUGGAUGAGCUAAUGGAGAUGAAGAGGGAGAAAAUCAAGCUUGAUCAAGAAUGGGGAGAGGAAAAGCUCUUGACGGUUGAUACAACCAACUUGAGUGAAAUGCAACACAAGUUCGUGGAAAUGAAGCAAAAGAAGAUAUUCGAAAGAUAUUUUUCGAAAUGAGAAUGUGUAACA